GGAAACUGCUGGGCGGAUUCUGGCAGCCUGGGUCUCCCUGCACGGCUCUUGGCUGGCGUCUCUCACUUGCCGGCAUCUUCCAGGCGCAAUGAAGAUGUCAUGUCUGGGCUUAACUUUUCUCACUUUGCCUCUCGUCAUCCGAGCGAGCACAGCAGGCCACAGGAGGAAAGGAACAGGUAUUUGGUGCUACGAUUCGCAAGAUCUGAAAUGUGGCCCUUCUUACUGGAAGGACUUCACACAGAGCUGUGGGGGAGAUAACCAGUCACCCAUUAACAUUGAAAGAAGAAAAACUCAACGGGACAAGAGCCUUGAAGAAAUCUCAUUUGAAGGUUAUGACCAGGCCCCUGGUGGUCGAUGGAAACUCCUCAAUGAUGGACACACAGUGACUAUGAACCUGGAUGGAGCCUCUGCUGCAGAGCAAAUCAACAUCACCAAAGGAGGGCUUCAGGACACAUACCGGGCCUUGCAGUUCCACUUCCAUUGGGGGGACGUCAACAAAAAUGGUUCAGAGCAUACUAUUGAUGGACGCCAAUACCCGAUGGAGCUGCAUCUUGUUCACAUGAACACCAAAUACAAAAUCUUAAAUGAAGCAAAGGGACACCCCAACGGAUUGGCUGUUCUAAGCUUCUUGUUCAAGGUGUCAGAAAUGGAUAACAUCAAUUACAACACAAUCGUUGCUGGGCUCAAAAACAUCUCUCAUGACGGGCUUUCGGUUGACUUGGCAUCCACGUUUCCUCUUAGCAACCUGCUUCCCGACAUGGGCUUGCUCUCCAAGUACUAUCGCUACAAAGGUUCCCUCACCACCCCUGGGUGUGAAGAAGUGGUCGUCUGGACUGUGUUUGAAGAACAGAUCCCUAUCAGCAAGUCUCAGCUGGAUGCAUUUGUGAACACACUUUACUUUAAAACUGGAGCGAAGCCGGUGAAGAUGGCUAACAACUUCCGUCCUCCGCAGCCUCUGAAAAGUCGCAAAGUCUACGCAUCCAAAGACGCUACCAUCAACCACAGCCCGCCACUGGCUAACAGACUCCUCUUUCCUCUACUUCUGGCUUUUUUAACUGGCCAAUUGCCUGGCCUCUGUUAACAGUUUUGGCUAAUCACAACCAACUGUUACUUCAUAGCGUUUUCAUAGCCAUGCUUCUUCACUGUGAUCCUUUUUCUAGUGCUGAACUGAACAAAACGAUAAGGGGAAGCCAACUGGGUGGGAAAGGGAAGAAAGCAACAUCUGGCUAUUACAUUUUGGGUUUUGUUUUUU